AGUGUGCUGGUCAGUAUCCAUGUGCCGGUCGCGGGAUAACGGUGAACAGAAGCCCGAUUGCGACACGUAAACACGCACAAUAUGGCUAGCGCGACGACGAUGGGCCUCCGUCGCAGAGCACCGGUGAACAACUCGCCGACUCCCUCGAGCCAAUCACUGUCCACGACAACGGGCGCGUCGUCGUCGAGCAAGCGUUCGAGAAGCGAGAACAACAACAGCCCGUCCCACGGCAAUCUGAACUCGAUGAACGGCGGCACUCGGGACGAGCCACCGACGAAGAAGUCCCGCGGGACUUCGACGAGCGGAGGGAAGGGCACUAGUUCGUCCUGUCCCACCUCCUCGUCCUCCAUCUCGACGAGCACGAGUAUCUCGACCGACAGCCAGAUCUCGAAGAGUCGCGGGACUUCCGUCUCAAGAUCGGCCACCCAGACCAAAUCGUCAUCGACUUCGACGGCUGCCAGCGCGGCCUCCUCGACGAACGAUAUAUCGAACGGUUCCGUGCUCUCGACUAGCUGGCCGACCACGUCGAACAUGUCGGACGUGCCGUCGUACGCUUCCGUGGCCGGGCUGGGCUUGACGGGCGGACAAACGGCCGGCCUGUGCGCCGGAAGCCUCGGCAUGCCACCUACGCCGAUUCCACCCUACAUGUCGACCUCCAUGGCGACCUUCGUCGGCACCGCCACGAAUCUCAGCAAGAACUCGUCCGUUUCGUACCUCGACAUCUCCAACAUGACCGGUGGUUCGUUGGCUGCUUCCGGCGCCGCGAACUCGCUGAACGGCGGAUACGCGGCGAGCGGUGCCGCCGCGGUGGACGCGAAGGGUGGAAUGACAAUGUCGUAUUCGGGACUGUCGUCGCCGAAUGUGAACGGCGGCCCGUACGGCGUGCAAAAGGUACAAGGCCCGAAGGGGGUUGACGGGGCCGCCGUCGCGUCGCCGAGGAAAUUUCAAAACGACGGCAUGUUCAACGCUUAUCAGCCGUGGGUGAUCAAGACGUACGGCGAUCUCGCCAAGACCAAGACGAUCACCAUCAAGAAGUACGCGCGUAUCUUGAGGACUUUACGGGGCGAGGAAGUGAACAGCGCCGAGAACAGCAAGUUCCGCUUCUGGGUCAAGAGCAAAGGUUUUCACAUUGGCCAGCCGGAAGGCUACGACGCGAAAGCGGCCGACAGGAUUAUCGGGCGUCACGCCGUCACGAGUCCGGGUUUGGAUCCGCCGCUCUACGUGCCCACGCAGCUGCCGCACAACAAGACAUUAAAUGGUGCCGAAGGUACAGUCCCACCUGGAAGAGUGUACAAGAAAGUCGCGAUUGUGGAGAACUUUUUUGACAUCAUUCACGCCGUUCACGUUGAUCUCGAAGGACGUCCUGGGAAGCAUGCCGGCCAGAAACGCACCUACAGAACGAUUACAGAGACAUACGCGUUCCUACCCCGAGAAGCGGUAACGCGAUUUUUGCUGGGUUGCACGGAAUGCCAACGGCGCCCGCGGACACCUAGUCCGACGAACUUGUCUAAUCAGUCGCAGUCGACGCAGUCAGCGGCGCUGGGGCCGACGUCAACUCCGUUGAGCCCGAAUCCCGGUAGCACCGCCCUCGCGACCUCGUCGUCGUCGACGACGACGUCUUCGUCGGUGCAAAGUAGCUCUAAGCCGCGCAACGGCGGCCAACACGCGUCGUCGGAGGGCAAGAACUUGCACAACUACAGGCACCAAAAACAGCACAAGACCGGCGGUAGUAGCGCCGCUGCAGACUCGAAACUCGACAAAGACAAAGACGAGAAGUACAAUCCGCUGAGUAUCACGAACCUAUUGAAGAAGGAGCCGGUGAAUGGUGGUUAUCUCGCGAGUUCGGACACUUUGCCGGAAUCGAGGAGAACGCCGGAGUCGGACCGGGCGAGCUCGAAGAGCUCGGCGUCGUCAAAGAGAAAACGGAUGCUGCCGGAGGGACGGACACCCUCGCCGCAGCCCAGCCAGCCGUUGCCGAGGCCCUGGAGUCCUGGACUGGAUCCCAAGAACACGGUCAUUGACUACAGCUUACCGAUCACCACCUCGUACCUGAAGCAUCAGCAGAGAUUGCUCCAGGAGAAGAACAAGGCAGCCGCCGCUAACGCGUUGAGGGAGUCCGAAACAACGGAGUCGAAAGUUGUUUCAACCGUCGCGAUGCCGCUCGUCGAGGAAACCGAGAGCGCCGAGAGGGAGAGGUUCUCACCGGCCACCGGGCUGAUCGACACGAACCUUAAUCUCCUGGCGACCAUCCAACAUCUGCAUUGUCAAGUGAUGCUGGCGCUUACUGAGCGACUCAGACCGUCGUUCACGGUGCCGAGCCCUUUAGUUCUACCACCGACAUCGCCCAAUGUUCUGGCGGGGACGAUGAUGAUGGGCACGGAAGUAUCGGUCCAGACGGGAGAGAAUCAUUCGUGAAUUAAUCGGUACGAGAAGAAGAGAGUGGAACUGAUUUUCGCAGUGACUUUCCUCGGAGGUGGGUAAAAAGCAAUGAUUAUCAAGAAGCGAAAAAUCAGUAUUUCCACGAGCAGAAUCAAUGAAUUGUUCGCGUCGCGAUAAUACUGCCCCGGGAGUCUCGUGUAUAUCGAGACGAUAAUUCGUUCUAGACAAACGUCCGCGGUAAAACGAUUAAGCCGGUCAGACAACGGAAGUCUGUACUCACCGAAAAGACACGCGUUAAAAUUCGACCGCCCUAUUUGCGUUUCUAUCAUAGCCCACGCGGUUACACGCGGCUCCGCGCGCAAAAUGUCGAUCGCGGUCGCUCUUCAUCUUUAAUUCGUUCCUAAAUACGUAUCCGUUUGACGCGAUUGCGAAUACAGCGACGGCUACUCGUCGUCGUCGUUUUCCCGUCUUUGGUCGAGAAGCGAAGCGACAGAUAAACGCAAUUACAUAUUGAACCGGACGGGAUCGAUUAUUGUCGUCGUGCUCGUGUCACACAUUUCAUCCGAUCGGGCCGACCGGCCUGACGCUUACUUGCGUCCGACGACGGCGCCCGAUAUAGAUGACGGGCCAAGCGAGCGGAAUAAUUCCCCAAGUCUGUCGAAAUACGGGUCGAUGUGUCAGAGAUUCGCGCGGCGCUUUCUAUGUCCGAUAUUUAGAGAUCCGUUACGCGGAGAGCGGAUCGCGAUCCGACCGCCGCCGGACCCGGCUCCGCGAAUCGAUCCAUCCAGGCGGGGCAGAAACGACAGUCCGCGCGGCGACACCGCGAAGGUCCUGAAUAUUCAACGAGCCAGCGCGAGAUAGGGAGAGAGAGUCGGAGGGGAAAAAGAGAGAGGGAUGGAGAAGGAGAUCCGAUUUCUCGUUUUCGGGUGUUAUCCGAUGAAUCCGACAACAUUCGGCGUCGUUGUCGACCCGACGAAUUAUCUUUCAUCUUUUAAGGUGCGCGGGGAUUCGCCCCCGACUAAUCGGAAUGUGAUGCAAAAUGGACGACUGAUGCUCCGUACGAAUGAUGAACUCUUAAAAUUUUGCGGCUCGUUUCCCCGCAACGGGAAUAUCCCGGCGCUAAUAAUUUCUGUGUUGUAAAUCAUAAAGGCACAUUGCGCGGUGCGGUAAAUAAGUGAUGUAACAUUGCCUGUCGAUACCGUUUAAUCUUUCAAAGGCCGAACUUUUUUUAACAGAAUUUUAUUUAAGCUUCGUUGGAAGAUAAACAUUUUUCCACGGGGAACAUGCUUAUCGAGGGAUAAAGAAAAUUUUCGAGCGCGUCGCGUCGUGUAAUUUUGUGAACGAUGUAAUGCAAUCUCGGGCGAUCUGAAUUAUCGGUUAAUGCGCGAUCGGGUAGCAUCUCAUUGACGGGGAAAGGACCGGUUGCAUCUAGCCUGCAUCUCGCUCUACCUUGUAAUUGUAAUAAUGUUAUCGCGUGUAAUUACACAAUGGGAGAGUAUUCGAGACGAGCCUGAGCGCGCGAUUCGUCUCAUCUCGUCUUGUCGCGUUUCGUCGAACCGGUCGAGAUGCAGUAUUAUCCGCGGGCCGCAAACUUCUCUUACGUUGUACUAAUUAUCGUAUUAUUGCCAUUAUCAACGCGGCUUUUUAACGAUACCGCGUCGCGUCCGCCUGAUUGGACACGCUAUUUCAGACGCAGAAGUGAAUUCGUAUUUCAUCCCGAUUUUGAAUUAAAAAAAUGAACAUUAUAUUGGUAUAAUUUUCACGUUAUCAUUUUGCUUUUAGAAUGGCAACAGUUGAAUAAAUGUGUAUUAACUCGACAUUAGUUUAACGUGCGAUCAAAAUUUACUCGAAAUAAUCCAAGUCAAACGCUUGGUUCCUUUUGUUUCAUAAAAAUUACUUGCAAGUGAUUUACACAUACCCUCGUGAAAUAACUUGUUCACUUGGCGAUCGCCGGAUCCGAUAUUGAUUAUAUACCAAAGGCAGCAUCACUUCGAGCUCUCGCUUUGAGAGCGGCUCCCGUCUCCGUAGAGCAAACCGCAGGUAAGACGAAUCGGUUGCAGUUAGAAAUCGAUUGUUUCUCGUAUCGAGACCACGGCGACGGUCCUCGGGCGGCGAAACCCGUUUCGUGUCUGAUUGUGUACGUAGCCUAGCCACCUCCCCCGUGUAUGAUAUUACUCGAAGUAGCUCGUCUUUCGCGUACGAUAUAUAGCGCGUCGUUAGCUGGCGAGGGGAAACGUGCGGUACACCGGUAAAAUAGGCCUUAAGGUGUGCUUGCAAAAAAAAAGUGUUUGUACUAGAAGUUCGAUAAUUGUCGUGAAAGUAGACGAGUGUUAAGAACCCUUGAGAGUGUCGUCGCAGCGGACAUAUUAUAUUAUACAUAUAUACAUGUGUGUGUAUAUAUUAUUUUGUACAUAAUCGUUGUAUGAUAGUGCGUAUAGUCUACCAAGUAAGACCGCGCGACUAUAUUAUUACCGAUGGCGAUCAUUCUCUUAUCACACGGUAUUAUGUACCGUUGUCAUUAUUAUUAUUGUAAUAAUCAUGGAUGUGACUACUAUUUUUACUACCACAGUUCUUAUUGCUCUCUUUACCAUUAUUUUAGUAUAAUUAUUAUUAAUUACUAUCACACAUGAGUAUUGUAUUACUGUAUUAAUAUUAUUAUAUUUAAAUUGUGCGCGCGGAACAGACGGGAAAAUAUAUGAAAUUGAAAUACUCGAGAAUAUUGCAUAUGUAACUUACACCGUAACCAAAAAGGUGCAUUCUUCUCUGUCUUCCUCUGAUGUGUGUUUCAAUUUUCAUGAAUUCCCCUUCCUGGUUCUUUACUUUUCUGACACUGCCUCAUAAUUAGUAUUAUCGGUCAAAUUGCCUGGACGCACUGUUCUAAGAAAGGAAAGGAAAGAAAAGGAACACGCAAGGCAUUGACGAUUGUUCAUUUCUGACAGCAUUGUAUCUUGUCGUAACGCCGCGACAACACGUCGCAUAUAAUCGCGGGAUAUUCCGUACAAGGUAUAAUAAAUAUAUUAUAUAGGCUAUGAGGAAAGACUGCAGAGGGUGUUCAACUACGUCUCGUCCCACUGCGACUACCGUACUACAUGAAUGUAAGUACCAAGUUUAUUUAUGUACAGUCGGCAUAGUUUGAAAUGCCCGAAAAGCUUCGAUCGAUCGAUCGAUGGAUAUGUACGAUA